UUUCCAAUUCGAAUUAGGGAAUUCUUUAAAGCACCGCAAUCGAAGUCAUCAAACUUUCAACUGUACUCUGCAAAUUCAACAAUCUCCCUUCAAAACCCAAUCUCUCUCUCCAAUUUCCAGAAAAUUUUAUGGAUCUACCGAGCGAGGUUGGAUUAAAACUGCUUUUCUCUCCAAUUAGUUCCAAUAUUGUUGUUCGAACGGCAUGUUGUACAGUUGGGACUGUAAUACCAGUUUACUCGACUUUUAAAGCGAUUGAAAACAAAGAUCAAAACGAGCAGCAAAAAUGGCUUCUUUAUUGGACUGUUUAUGGAUCUUUUAGUGUUGCUGAAGUGUUUGCUGACAAAAUCCUCUCCUGGUUCCCUCUCUACAAUCAUGCAAAAUUUGCUUUUCUAGUUUGGCUUCAACUUCCAUCUUCCAAUGGGGCCAAGCAUUUGUAUAAGAGCCAUCUCCGUCCAUUUCUACUUAGGCACCAAGCUACGUUUGAUAAAAUAUUGGAGUUCAUUAACAGUGAAAUGAGCAAAAUAGUUAGCGCACGCCAAGCAGAAAUCAAGUUUUCAAGGACACUUAUCGUGAAGCUCAUGGCAUCAGUGAACCAGAUUGUUUGGUAUCUUAUUCACCCUAUGCAAACACCACAAAAUCGUUCCAUUGAAGGCCCGAGACAAGUAGAUUCUUCAGAUACACAAUCAAACAGUGAAGACUGAUGCGGUCAUAAUAAGCCUUAAUUUGCAGACAUUGCCUCUAUUGGUAACCUCCUUAUUCUACCACUUUUGGUUAAAUAUUUGUUUGUGCCAAUAUUUCUCGAGUUUCGGAUAAGCUUUAAAAAAGGUUCAGUAUAUACAUACAGAGUUUCUGUUGGAAAUAUGAUUUCUUGGAUCCAUCCUACUAUCAUGUUUGUGUGUGUGUAUAUAUAUUUGUAAAUAGGAGGUUUUUAUCUAUAAUUUUUGCCUUUGCAGCUUUUGCUGAGGGAAAAUUUGUACAAGGUAUAGAAAUUGUUAUAGUCAACCUUUCUUCAAUGUCAAUGUAAAACUAAAAUAUUCAUAAUCUUUUACAUGAUUUAUAUUUGUUUAAUUUGGUGAAUGUAUUUCAUCCUCUAUUGAUA